AUGGCAGACAUGAGGUGCCUCAGGUACCUCCUGCCAACACUUCUGCUCUCUUACGUCAUCUGCUCCCAGCAGAGCUCCGCUGAAAUAGCAGCAGAAGAUGCUGACACUGCUCUGGAGCUGAUCGACUUGGACCAAAAGAUGGCGGCCGCUUUUGGAGGAUUUUUCAGUGAAAAUUAUGGGCAUGGCGGUGGUGGAGGCGGCCACGGUGGUGGAGGCCAUGGAGGUGGUGGUGGAGGCCACGGUGGUCACGGAGGCUACGGAGGUGGUGGACAUGGAGGAUAUGGCGGCGGCGGCCAUGGAGGUGGUGGUGGAGGUCAUGGAGGUGGUGGUGGAGGCCAUGGUGGUCAUGGAGGCUACGGAGGUGGUGGUCAUGGAGGAUAUGGCGGCGGCGGCCAUGGAGGUGGUGGUGGAGGCCAUGGAGGUGGUGGUGGAGGCCACGGUGGUCACGGAGGCUACGGAGGUGGUGGACAUGGAGGAUAUGGCGGCGGCGGCCAUGGAGGUGGUGGUGGAGGUCAUGGAGGUGGUGGUGGAGGCCAUGGUGGUCAUGGAGGCUACGGAGGUGGUGGUCAUGGAGGAUAUGGCGGCGGCGGUCAUGGAGGUGGUGGUGGAGGUCAUGGAGGAUAUGGUGGUGGCGGUCACGGAGGUGGUGGCGGCGGCCAUGGCGGGUAUGGAGGAGGUGGUCAUGGAGGUGGUGGUGGAGGUCAUGGAGGUGGUGGUGGCGGCCAUGGCGGUCAUGGAGGCUAUGGAGGUGGUGGUCAUGGAGGAUAUGGCGGUGGCGGCCAUGGAGGUGGUGGUGGAGGUCAUGGAGGAUAUGGUGGUGGUGGUCACGGAGGUGGUGGUGGCGGCCAUGGUGGAUAUGGAGGAGGUGGUCAUGGAGGUGGGGGUGGUGGACAUGGUGGCUAUGGGGGUGGUGGUCAUGGGGGUGGCGGUGGAGGUCAUGGAGGCAGUGGUGGAGGUGGCCAUGGUGGAUAUGGCCAUUACAUCUCAUAUUACUAA